UUUAGAAUAAGCAUGGCGUCGCCCUAGCGCUGUUCGAACCUUUUAGUAGGCUAUGUUCAAUAAUAUUGUAGUUCUAUGCAAAACAGUGUCCUUUGUAAUUUCAUGGGCAACACGUUGACAUCAUUUUUUUUCUAAGUAGACGAAUUGAUGGUUAUUAAAUCAUGGGGGUUCAGUGCUUGUUAUUCGGUGCAAAGUCCUGUCGAAGCUUUAUUUCAGCUUAUCCGAUGAGAGGUAUUCAUUCUUCGAGAACUUUCGCAUUUACACCGCCGCAGUUCGUUAAAGUAAAAGAAAUUGCAACCAUCUUGAGUCCAUUACGUUGCCAUUUACUCGUCAAUCCAAAAAUUGACACUCCAGCCCGAAAUGCAAACACAUUCACGUCUACUGCUGUCGCUAAGGACGUGGUACUCUUCGAGCACGACCGUACUCGGUUCUUCAGACUCUUGGCCAUAUUUUGUGGUGGUCAGUUUCUGUUCUGGGCAUACUUGGCCCACUUUGCUUUCUCAAGUCUUCGAGACACAAGGAAAAAUAGUGGUGAGCCUCAAAAAGUCAGGACUGAGUUAGGGGGACUCUUCAGUUUUGAUAUGAACCUUGGAUCUAGUGCCUGGAGGUAUGGAUUCACUCUUGGGUGCCUAAUUAUUGGUGGUGGAAUUGUUGGCGUGGCUGCAUUGUUCAGCCGUCGUUCAGUCAGUCGUGUAAUUCUGCACAAGGGAGGUGGAAAGGUCACAGUGUCCACUCAGUCACCUCUGGGACCUCUCAGAGCUCACCAUCUAACAGUGCCAUUGAGUCAAGUGGCCUGUCAUGCACAUAGACAGGAAUCACCUUCCUUUAUCCCUCUGAAAGUCAAAGGUUACAUGUUCUACUUUCUUUUGGACAAAGAUGGGACACUGAAUAAUCCUAAACUAUUUGACAUUACUGUUGGUGCCUACAGACCACUAUAAUAUGCCUACAGACCCUUUACACCUCCAUGUGUGACUGCAGUCUACUGUGGAUGUGUCAAACCUUUGCUAUUAAUUUUGUUUUAUUUUGUCUACAUAAGAAAACAAAUACAGUGAUAGAAAAUUUAAUACAUUGUACAACUGAACUCAUUGUGAUUUUUCUUCUCUGGGAACCUUAAAGAAAUAGUUGCAAAUUAUGUCAUGACUUUUAAUUUUGUAAUUUUUAUUUAUUUCUUUGUUUUCACAUAAUGGAAGAGAAUGGUGAUUCCAUGCUGACACGUCUUUAAAGCAGGGGUUUUAAGCGUAAUCUGUGGACCCCCAGGGGGCCAAAAGGGGGUGCUAGGGAUCUGGGAAUUUUUUUUGAGAAAGUGUAAAAAAUACAGUUUAACAAAAUUUGACAUUAUUAAAUGAAACAUAAAAGUUAUUAUUAUUUUUUUUUACUACAAAUCUCUACUUUCAAACAGCCAUCCUAAAUGCUCUUCCCUCUUAAGAGUGCUUUUGUUUUUUGCUGAUUCCCAUUCUUUUGUUCAUAUCGCCACCUGUUGGGCAGGGAGAAAAUAAUUUAUAGUAAAAAAAGAAUA